AUGGAGUCUGAACCGCUGACUUUAAACAAGCAUAUACUGAAGCGUAGUUUGACGGAUGGAGAUUUCCGUGAAUCCAGCGACAAGAACAUAAUCUUGGAAUUCAACGACCCAUACAUUACGGUCGAAGCAUUUCAACUGGCGAUGGACUUUAUCUAUGGUGAAAAGCAGCCCGAUCUUACAGCGGAAAACGUGUUGCAAACGCUAUCUGUCUGCUCGUUUUUUCAGCUCCAUAAGCUGGGAGAUAUGUGUAUCGAGUAUAUUGCAAAAUAUAUGAGUUCGCAAAGCGUAUUCACUUACCUGGAUUACGUUGAAAACAAUUUUCCCUAUGGAGAAGACCGCAUCUGUGGUGCUGCUUUGUUGAAAGCGACGCAUUUUGGCAUAUUACGCAAUAGCGAAUAUGAACGGUAUCAGUUUGCCAAACGCGUGCUGGCACUGCGCUUACCCCUGGGAAAAUCUAUGAGCAUUGCUGAUAUGGAGCACGUCAGAUGCGCUUUUGGUUCGAUCAGCUACAUCACGCAAAAGAUCCAACUUCGCAACCAUGUCAUGGCGGCUAAAGAGACAAAUGCCGGUAUUUGGAAAAGGCUCAGUAAUUCUGCGAAGCUCGACCCGUUACUUUCCAGAUAUGUAACCGUCGAUAUUGAACCGGCGCCUACCAGCAUCCGCUCCUCUGCAUUGUUUGACGGCACGCUUGCCUCAGUUUUUAUCAGUCAGAACCUGAGACUGAUGGACCCCAUCGCUGUGGAAUAA